AUGGACGCAACCGAUUUAUUGCCGCUGCUUGAGCAGCUGGACGAUCAUGUCGAUGAUCUGGAAGAAGCUCUGGGGCCUGUCCUGAAUAGUGCCAUUACUGACACGUCAAAAAAAACUUCCUGUGUUGGACAAGGCAAAGUUUCACCUUAUUUACGUCUCCAUGGCGUCAAUGCUAAAGAACAUCCUGUGUUCCGAGAACUAACCAGAGUGAAGCAAUACUUUGAGAAAAUUAAGGCGCUGGAAGCAGAGCCAGAGCAGCGGACAUUGACACUUGACAAGCAGGCUGCAAGUCGCUUCAUCAAGCAUGGUCUUGCCGGGAAUGACAAAUUCGAUAUGGAGCGCAAAGAACAACAAGCGAAGGAGAAGGCGCGUGCCCAGUUGAAGGCUUCCUUAUUAGCCAAGAAGGCAGCAGCAGCAGCACCUGAGACCUCGUCGAUGAAGUCUGGGGCCGAUUCUGAAUCUGGUUCAGACAGUGAAUCCGAUAGUGAAAAAGCGAAGGCAACAACACAGUCCGGAGAUUCGGCGAAGAAGAGCAAAGAGACGAAAGUAGACAACACCGUUAAACGUACAUCUGCCAAGAACAAGAAAAAGCGCAGUAAGGACAAUCUCAAAGACGAGAAGAAGGAACGGAGAAAGAAGAAGCAAGAAUCCCGGAAGGCAAGGAAGGCACAAUGA